ACAAAUGUUACUUCGAAAAUGUUGCUACUCUGGCUCUUGGGCCAUACGACGUGCAUUUGCCACAAAGCAAGCACAAAUAUUGGUUCAUCCAGAAAUUAAAUAUGCGCUGGAGCAAAAGCAUCCCAUUGUGGCAUUGGAAUCGACAAUAAUCACGCAUGGCAUGCCGCUGCCUGAGAACGUGGAAACAGCGCUGCAAGUGGAGCAACAGGUGCGAUCCCAAGGUGCUCUGCCGGCUACCAUAGGCAUCAUAGACGGUUGCAUUAAGGUGGGACUGACCAAAGAGGAGCUUACGGAGCUGGCACACAAACCGCGCGAGCAUGUGAUAAAAUGUUCGCGCCGUGAUCUGCCAUAUGUGGUGGCGAAGGCACAAAGCGGUGGCACUACAGUAGCAGCGACUAUGUUGAUAGCCGAACGUGUAGGCAUCAAAAUAUUUGCCACUGGUGGCAUAGGCGGUGUGCAUCGCGAGGGGCAUGUGACGCUUGAUAUAUCAGCGGAUCUUGUCGAGCUGGGACGCACGCCGGUAGCGGUCGUUUGCAGCGGAGUAAAGUCUAUAUUGGACAUACCACGUACGCUGGAGGUUUUGGAGACGCAAGGCGUAUGUGUAGCCAGCUACGAUAGUCCGGGCGGCGUCUUUCCGGAUUUCUAUACGCGCAACAGUGGUUGCAAGGUUCCAUAUGAGCUGGCUAAUCCAACAGAAGCUGCAGAGCUGUUGCAGGCCUGGCAUGCGCUGCAGUUGCGAAGUGGCGUGCUCAUCGGCGUGCCCAUACCUGCAGAAUAUGCGGCGGAUAAACACGCUAUAGAGGCGGCUAUAAAGGAAGCAAAUUACGAGGCGCAGGCGCAAGGCAUAAGCGGCAAGGAGGUGACUCCUUUUUUGCUGGCACGCAUAGCCAAGUUAACCAAAGGACGCAGCUUGCAGUCGAAUAUAGCGUUGAUUAAAAAUAAUGCUAAGGUGGCAGCGGAAAUUGCUUGUGCGCUGGCCAAGAUACAGCAGAAAGGACCAGGCAAAGCUGCCAACCGUACUACAAGCACAAAAUCACAGCCUGUCGUUGUGGGUGCUUCAAUAUUAGAUCUCAGCUUUAAGCUUAAAGAAUCACGCGAGCUGCAGCUAGAUGGUGCCACUUAUUCCUCCGUCACGCAGCAAACACCUGGCGGCGUGGGACGGAAUCUAGCCGAGGGCAUUUACAAGCUUUAUGGCAGUUGUCAGCUCAUUUCCGCCGUGGGCAAUGAUCAGAUGGGACAAAUGCUACAGCAACUCAUGCCUCAAGCAUUGCAGCGCAGUUUUAUAGUCGAUGACUCCAGUUCCACGUCAUUAUGCUCUGUAAUCUUUGAUCACUAUGGCGAUUGUAAGCUUAUAUUGGGCAAUAUGGAGGUGCAUGCUAGCAUCACACCCGAGCAGCUGCUGGCACGCCAGGAGCUCAUCAGCCAAGCCCCGCUGCUAAUUAUGGACAGCAACAUUUCGGAGCAAAGCAUGGCCUGCCUUUUGGAACUGGCACAGCGCUAUAAGCUGCCUGUGUUCUUUGAGCCCACAGACAUGUUUAUUGCCGGCAAGCCCUUUCAGCUGCAGCCAGCGCUUACGCAGCAAAUACGUUUGAUUAGUCCCAAUUUGCAAGAGCUGCGAACUAUUGCGGCCAGCAUAAUGGGUCAGCAGUUGUCGUUGCCUUUAGAGUCGCAGUCGAAAGUGACGCAAGCCAAGUUGCUGCUGGAGCAAAUACAAAGCCACUUUAACUGCAUUAUUGUCACUUUGGGCAAUGAGGGCGUGCUGCUUAGCUGUCGCAGAGAUGCUUUGGACGAUGCGCGUCAGCUGUUGGAGCUCACACCCAGUCAAGAGCACACCGUACGCUUCUAUGCUGCGCCCGAGGUGCACAACAUAGUAAACGUCUCCGGUGCCGGCGAUAGUUUUUGUGCUGGCUUCAUCACCGCACUAUUGAAGCAUCAUACGCUGGAUGAAUCUGUCGCUGCAGGCUUUGUAGCUGCCGAACGUGCUUUGCUCUCUGACUCUGCCGUGCCGCAGACGUAUUUCCGUAAUGCCGACGACUUUGAACACAACUUGAGACAAACUUUAAAGACGCUCCAGCAAAGCAUUUAA